AUGAAUGCCAAUAGCUUCAAAGAGCUUCAAGAGAGUAUUCAAAAAGCCUUGGUGGAUACAACGCGCUCCGCCGGACAACUUGCAAAUGAAGACCUUGCCUUUCACUGUGCUUCAAACCCUGCAGUCGUACCUCUGCUUGAACGUCAGAAGUCCCGCUUACUUGACCUCGUCAAUGAUCUGACUAAGGUUGCUACUAAGGGGACUGAAGUAGCGGCACCCGGCAUUUCAGAUGCUGAGGCCAUUGACGAUAAAUGGGGUGGUCUGGUUGAUGUCUUUGACAGUCUGCUUGAGAAAGCAGAUGUCUGUCUCGAUAAAUAUACGGGAGUGAUCAAGAAAGAAGGCCCAUCCAAACCAGAAAAGCCAACUGGCGCUGAAAGCGUAGUCAUACAAGACAGACUCUCCCGAGCCAAACUAAGAAAACCACAGCUUCUUUUUGCUAACCCUCCCUCAAAUCAUGAUACUAGCCCUUUUAAGCCCUUACUCAAAUCUAAACCUCACGCUCUUACCCCUCUUGAAGAGUGUGCACGACCGUCGAAAUUACCAAAUGGCGUGGCGAGCUAUGCACAACCUUACGAGAUGGAAAUCAAAGCAGCUCGCACGUCAUCGAUCAUAUCGACUAAGCGUGAACCAGUGCCUUACCUUCCUUUCACUACGACCCACGCAACUUUCGUUGAUACACUGGAAGCUGUAGACGUUAUGUUGGAAGAACUAAAGGGUGCAAGCGAGAUAGCAAUCGAUCUUGAGCACCAUGAUGAACAUUCGUACAUAGGAAUUGUGUGCUUAAUGCAGAUAAGUACAAGGGAAAAGGAUUGGAUCGUUGACACGCUCAAGCCUUGGAGACAGGAGCUGCAGAAGCUCAACGAGGUCUUUGCAGAUCCUAAUAUAGUAAAGGUACUCCACGGUUCUACGAUGGAUAUCAUUUGGCUCCAACGCGAUCUUGGCUUGUAUGUCGUUGGCCUUUUCGACACAUACCAUGCAUCUUACGCUCUGCUUUAUCACAAACAUGGGUUGGCUUUCUUGUUGAAGAGAUUUGUCGAUUUUGAUGCUGCAAAGAAAUAUCAAAUGGCUGAUUGGCGAGUUCGACCCCUUUCCGAAGGGAUGUUUGAUUAUGCUCGCUCAGAUACACACUUCCUCCUUUAUGUCUUCGAUAUGAUGCGCAAUGAACUCAUUGACAGCUCCAACUUGACACAGCCUGGCGAAGAUCUGCUUGAGGAAGUAAUGCAGAAGUCAAAACAGGAAAGCCUUCAGCGCUACGAGCGGCCGUCUUAUGAUAAGGACCGUGGAGAGGGUUUGGGAGGCUGGAACAGCAUGCUGUACAAGACUCCAAGUGCGUUCAGUCGGGAGCAGUUCGCAGUCUUCCGAGCUGUACAUCAAUGGCGGGACACGAUCGCUCGCAAUGAAGACGAAAGCCCUAGCAACCUUUUGAGUAAGAAGAAUUUGUUUAGUAUAGCAAGAGAGCUGCCGAUGAGUCUACCUUCCCUGCUUGCUUGUUGCCAUCCUCUCUCAAAAGAGCUGAAAGACCACAAACAUGAUCUGCUUAGAGUGGUCCACAAGGCCAAGAAAGAUGGCAAAACUGGCCCGGAGAUGAGGGACUUCUUUCGCAAAGGUCCUUCGAAAGCAGACGAUCAAAUUACAGUUGAUGGGACAACUCCAUUCAGUAAAGGAGUUGGUGCGGUCAUUGCCGCAGUGCGUUCGCAAACUCCACUACCUCUUCGAGCCAAGGCUUCUCAAUUCUGGGGCUCAACAUUGGACGACUCAAAGACGGGCCAUCCUGACAAAUUGGCGGGCCAUGUUGGAGAUCAUCGACUAGUCUUGCCGCUUCCUGAUCUCACUGCGGAAGUCUUUGUCGACACAAAAUCACCGAGUGCAUCAUCUUUGCCUGGUCCCAUCGAACCUGGUUCCCGCGCCGAGCAUCAGUAUGUGAAAGACAAAAAAGUCAAGGAAAAUGACGUAUUUGUCAUCAGGAACUCGAAAAAGCGCAAAGCAUCCGAUACGAGACAAGAGUCACGCGAUUCCGAUGGAGCGUCGCAGAACGGUGCGAGUGCGGCACCGGAGAAGAUGAAGCUGGACACUGCGGCUGAGGACGCGGAGAUUGAACGAGCAGAGCGGAAGCGUGCAAAACGACAAGGACGACUUGAGAGGAAGCUUGCGAAACGUGAGAAUCGUUCAGAGACCCAGAAAGGCUCCGCACAAAACGAGCCAGAGCCGUUCGACUACGAGAAUGCGCCUUCGGUCUUCCAUGCAAAACCCACGAAGGAAGAGCGGGCGAAGAACAAGGGCAAAGCAGCUGACCCGUAUGCCAAAUCGCUCAACGCUCCUAGUGGCCUCCCUCGAGUGCAACGGCAGACAGGCGGGAAGAGUUUCACAUUCACGAAAUGA